AUGUCUGAUCCACGUGAAGAGGCGAAGAAACAGGCAGAAGCCCAAGCUAGAGCCAAAGCCAAAGCUGAAGCAGCUGGAAAAUCCCCUUCGUCCUCUUCCAGUGACCCCAAAGCUGCCGCCGCGGCUCAAGCAGCGAAAGAAAAAGCGGCGAAGGAACAAGCAGCUGCCAAAGGUGGUUCUUCUUCCUCUGGCUCUGGCUCAUCCAGUUCCCGUCCCUCCUCAUCUUCUUCUUCCUCGUCCUCCGGUGGAUCCAGCUCGAGUUCAAGUCCAUCACCAAAACCAUCCGUCGCAACCCCUCAAAUCAGCGCAAACGCAUGGAUGAGUUUCUUUCUCUUCGUAUGUCUUUGUCUCAUCAUUCUUCAAGGUCCACUAGGUUUGACAGCUUCCGCCCCUGCCGCGUCUCUCGGUGGUGGAUGGUUCGGUUCAUCGAAUUCAGGCGGUACAGGUGGAUGGGGUGGAUUACCAGGAUGUGGAAUGGGAGUUGUUAUGAUGCCAUGGUGUUCGAAUCCUGUUCAACCUGCCAUAGGUGGUGGUGGUGCGGGUGGUGGUGGAGGAAUGGGAGGACAAGGAGGUUUCGCUUUACCUGGUGGAGGAGGAGGAUGGAGUUGGUAUGCGAACCCUCAACAACAAGGUGUUCAAGGUUUUCCAGGUGCUCAAGGGAUGCAAGGUGUGCCGCAAAUACAAAAUGUACAGAUACAAGGUGGAUACGACCCAUACGCAGGUAUGAUAUGUCUUUAUUUCCCAUAUCUUUGUCCAUUCGUUUAUCUACCCAUGGCUCAAGGACAACAAAUCCCAAAUGCUUAUCCUUACCCUCCUCCUCCCGGUGAUAAUUCAAGAGAAUACAUAAGGACAUCAAAUGGUAUGAUAUAUGAAAAACCUGCAAAAGUCGUCCAAGUUUCUCAACAACUUCCAAGAGGAAGAGGUGGACCUUAUACUUAUAAUCAACCUCAAGGACCUCAAAUACCAUAUGGUUAUGGGAUACCUCAACAGAAUUACGGACCUCCUUUUCCUGGUGGGUACAAUGGGAUACCGAGGAAUCAGGGAUUGAAUAUGGGUAUACCACCUAAUUAUGGGACUAUCCCAGGACAAGUUGGAAGAAUACAUUCUCAUCCUGCUCCUCCACCUCCUUUAGGAGCUCCACCAGUUUCUCCAGCGACACCUAUAAAUGAACAAAGUCCAGGAUUAGCAAACCUCGAAAAUGCUUUUUACCCAUUAUUAGUAGGAGCCAUCGCCUUGUUGGUAAUUUUCGACUAUGCGACAUGA